AUGCCGCCAAUACCGCUUCACGAGGCCGUUCAACCGGAUAACAACCAGAUGAGCAAUGACGGAUACUUUGGGAACCAGGGCGUCCUUUCCUCGCAGAACACAGACCCGAAAGCACAAGAAUGCUCGAGUUCAACCCCAACGGCGGCUACGCGCUCAGGGACUGAGUCGUCGAGUACGUCUCCCGACACCCCUUCUGCUGCUGCAAAGGGAGCACACUCCAGCAGGGAACUGUUGCGUCGCCUCAGUCUCAUGGACGGCAAACCGAUGCCUUCCAUCAUGACACGGCCGGAAGAGCACGCUGAUCUUCAUCUCACCGGGCGAAUCAUCAGUGCAGCGUUUUGCAUCCCUUAUAAACUUCGCUUCCGGUCUGGCAUGGCUUGGUCGCAGGAACUACACCCUCGUCCCGGAACAUCUGCCAUAUUCGAUUCCUUUGAAUACCUAGCUUCCGCAGAUAACCCAUGGUCUCAUACUCUGGUUGGAUGGACCGGCGAGGUGGAAAAGUCCGCACUACAAGAUUGCUAUUUUCAAUCAAAGCCGCCCGAAACCCCUGGUAUUGAGUCGUUGUCGCUAGAAACUGCCUUGAUGCCAAUUAAUAAGGCAUCUGCUCCGAUACCGGUCAAUGCUAACCACAAACCCGCGCCGCCUCCAGCUGAUGGGAUCCACGUCACGGAAGGCGAUCGGGCUCGCCUCGAAGGCCAGUUACGCACAAGCAAAUAUGGAAGCAUACUACCAGUCUGGCUUGCCGAUGAUACCGAGUCGCCAGACCAGACCAUUCAGCUAAAGGACCAAGCACGCUGGCGUCGAUACGCUGAACGCGAGGUUUACCCUUUGUUCCACUACAAGCAGCAUGGCCCAACUGACGGGCGGUCUGAACGCCGCUGGUGGGAGGACUACCAAAGGUUGAAUCAGCUGUUUGCGGAUCGAAUUCUGGAAGUCUAUCGUCCCGGAGACAUUGUCUGGAUUCACGAUUACCACCUCCUCCUAUUACCCAGUAUCCUGAGGCAACGGAUUCCCGGUAUCUAUAUCGGCUUCUUUCUCCACGUUCCGUUUCCUAGCAGUGAAUUCUUCCGCUGUCUAACUCGAAGAAAGGAAGUUCUCACCGGCGUUCUGGGAGCUAACAUGGUCGGCUUCCAGUCAUACACAUAUUCUCGCCAUUUUUCUUCCUGUUGCACGCGGAUACUAAGAUUUGAUUCAAAUUCUGCGGGAAUCGACGCUUAUGGCGCCCAUGUUGCUGUUGAUGUUUUCCCGAUUGGGAUCGACGUGGACGCUGUCCGAAAAAUGGCAUACGGCGAUGAUCACACAGAGAAGACCAUUGCAGAGAUCAAGAAGCUGUAUGCCGGGAAAAAGAUCAUCAUUGGCCGAGACCGUCUUGAUUCCGUCCGCGGUGUGACCCAGAAACUUAUGGCGUUUGAAAUGUUUCUGGAGCGAUAUCCUCAGUGGCGUGACAAAGUUGUACUUAUUCAAGUCACCAGUCCAACCAGCGUGGAAGAAGAGAAAGAGGAGUCAGAAGCCAAGUUGUCAAGCCAGAUGUCGCACUUAGUGUCGACAAUAAACGGCAAAUACGGCUCGCUGAGCUUUUCCCCGGUUCAACAUUAUCCACAGUACCUCCCACGCCACGAAUACUUUGCACUUUUGCGUGCCGCUGAUGUAGGCCUCAUCACCAGUGUUCGAGAUGGCAUGAACACGACCAGUUUGGAAUACGUCGUUUGCCAGCAUGAGAAUCACGGACCUCUCAUCCUGUCAGAGUUCUCUGGCACCGCUGGAAGUCUACACAAAGCCAUCCAUAUCAAUCCUUGGGAUUCUGGCGGAGUUGCGGCCGCGAUAAAUAAAGCGCUUACCAUGAGCCCCGCUCAGCGUCAAGAGCAACACGAGGAACUAUAUAAAUAUGUCACAAGGCACACCGUGUCGAGAUGGUCAGAUCUAUAUGUACGACGAUUAUUAACCAAUCUCUCCUCGUUCAACCAGUCUAUCGCGACACCACUUCUCGACAAAACAAAAUUGCUAUAUCAAUAUUUGAAAGGCCGAAGACGCCUAUUCAUGUUUGAUUACGACGGCACAUUGACCCCAAUUGUGAAAGAUCCACAAGCAGCAAUCCCGUCAGAUCGCGUGAUUAGAACGCUAAAGUCUCUUGCGGCUGAUCCUAAAAACUCCGUCUGGAUUAUAAGUGGGCGCGAUCAAAACUUCUUGGAAGAAUGGAUGGGCCACAUUUCAGAGCUAGGGCUGAGUGCCGAACAUGGUUGCUUCAUCCGCAAACCCCACCAUGAUACUUGGGAAAACCUGACUGAGAAGUCCAACAUGGGAUGGCAGAAGGAAGUGCUUGACAUCUUUCAGCAUUAUACCGAGCGAACACAGGGUUCUUUCGUCGAACGGAAGCGAGUAGCAUUGACAUGGCAUUAUCGACGUGUUGACCCUGAAUAUGGAGCGUAUCAGGCGAGGGAGUGUAGGAGACACCUAGAAAACACUGUGGCAAAGAAGUGGGAAGUUGAAAUCAUGGCCGGUAAGGCCAAUCUGGAAGUUAGACCGACGUUUGUCAACAAGGGGGAGAUUGCAUCGAGACUCGUAAACGAGUGUCAGGGGCAACCGGAUUUCGUUCUGUGUCUUGGGGAUGAUUUCACUGAUGAAGAUAUGUUCCGCGCUCUACGACGUUCCAACCUUCCGGCAGAUUUAGUCUUCUCAGUCACUGUGGGUGCUAGUUCGAAACAGACCGAAGCUAGUUGGCACUUGCUUGAGCCGUCGGACGUCAUUGCUACUGUCAGCCUUUUGAAUAGUUGCACUGACUGA